AUGUCCGCAGCGACCUCUCACGAUAAGACUUCUUCCAAACCACCCCAAACCGAUAGAGAUACUCUUGGCGGCCAUGCCCUACGGGCAUGGUGCGUUGCCGCUUUCCCCGACAGCGAACGAGUGGUGAGCGUCUCCGACGACGACACUGUCGUUGUUUGGAAGUUCAGAACAAAAGAACAAGAACACCGCUGGGCUCACAAGGGCGCUACUACUGUCGCAGUCUCUCGCGACGGCAAAAAAGUUGCCAGCGGGGGUCGCGACUGUGCUCUUCAGCUCUGGGAUGCAGAAUCAGGUCAACGUCUUGCAGGUCCCUGGAAGGUGCAUAAACAAAGAGUCUGGUCCGUGUCGUGGUCUCCAAAUGGGAACCACAUCGCGUCCUGUCCAGCAGACAGCUUUCUCAUAAUCUGGGAUGUUCACUCGGGGGAACCUAUCCUCGACCCCCUCCUGACAGAGCAGAAAGCGGUUUACACUGUCGCUUACUCCCCAAAUGGGGAGAAAGUUGCUACCGGUGGGCAAGACUUCACGAUCAAAAUUUGGGAUGCUCUCACAAUGAAGCUACAAGCAACAUUGAGCGGCCAUACAAUGACAGUCUCUUCGGUUGCUUGGACCAGGGAUGGGAGUAAAGUCAUCUCCGGAUCCGUCGACUGUACUGUUCGAAUAUGGGAUAUUAUCGAGAAAAAGGAAGUAUGCCCUGCGAUACAAGCACAUUCUCAUGCAGUCAAUUAUAUUGCAGUAUCAGAACACGUGUUUGCAACUGCAUCUGUUGACCACGCCUACCUAUGGAAUCUCAAGACUCGUCAGUGCCUUCAUGGUCCAUUUGAGCUUUCAAAAUCUGACGAGGCGAACUGUGUUGCGCUCUCAGAGGAUGAAGGCACUAUUGCUGCGUGUACCGAAAGGGGUAGAUUAUACACCUGGAACAUCGGAAAAAUCACCUCGGCAAUUAUAACGGGGGAUGCGGAGGAUAUCCAGUUCAGCGACAUUGGUGAUAUCACUGAACCAGGUUACGAUGUGUCUGAAGAUUUUUUCGGUCCCCACGAGUCACACCAUUCACAGCCGCAGAAUGGUAACAAGGUGCCAGUGAAACGCGGUUUCAAGCAACAAUUCGUUGCCCUAUCGCGUGCUGGUAUACCACGUGGAAUUGUACCACGCAAUAUUUCUGCCAGCAGGGGGCGACCGGCAGCGGUUCUCAACAAAAUUAAUGAGACCGAGGAUCACCACAACCGAGGAUCGGCCACCAUUAGAACCAAACAAAGUGCUGCUGGGCAGGGCUCACAGGGGGUGACCACUACAGAAUCUGGGCCUGGUUCACAGCCGUCGUCACCAACAACCUCACGUGAACGUUUCACUUGGGCUAGAUUGUGGGCUGCCGUUCUGAGACUGUUGAAACGUCGAUAUUCCAGUCGUCACGGAUGA